GUUUAUCUUAUCAAUCAACAAACGGGCAUAGAGAAAAAAAGUGCGACCCGCGCAACAUUCAAGACGUAAACAACCCUAUCAACAUACAAAUUGACAGUAGUGAUUUGCUCUCUGUUGGUUGAUAUACUAUUGAUCGCUGUGGAAAAUGGCUCCCGUUACUCGAAGACAAGCGAAGGAUGCCGGAAAUGCACUCGAAAGCGAAAUAGUCACACCAAAAGAAUCAUCGCGCGCGAAGCGGAAAUCAACGGGAAACAAUAACAACCUCGAAAAUGAUGGUGCUGCUUCCCCGGCACAAAAAGUGGAAGAAAUGGAAGAUCCUAAACAACAGGGGCUAUCCAUGCGCACACGAGAAGGCGAAAGUACGGGUACCGACCGAAUAACACACCCGAAAGGAGAAAUACCUACGAGCCCGAAACCCAAGUCGUCCCGGACAAGCGCAGUGCCAGAUUCCCAAGAUAAAGAAGAGAAAUCAUGGGGAUCAGAUUCCGCACUACUCUCGAGCGUCUCGAAGCAGUUAGAAGAGGAGGCAAGCCAAAGAAUAGCUUCUUCACAGUCGCAAUCGCAAGAGCCUGAUCAAACACCCGCCCCUAAGACUAAGGGGAAGCAUCUUGUCUUUGAUGAUGAUGACGAUGUAGAGAACUUUGUCGCGGCAGCGGCAGCGGCAGAAGUAGGCAAGAAGGUAGAAGCGGAUAACACCAAGAACGAAGAGGAGGAUAGUGACGACGAUGACGCGCCUGAAGCCGUAUCGACACAGGCCGCUGCCAAGGAGGUACAAAAAUCAACUCAGGCAGCUUUAGAUGCCGCCGAGAAACAAACCGCCAAUCUAAAACGAAAGCGCCAAGAAAGAGACAACCUCUUCAAACAACAAGCCGAGCGCCGCAAACGAUCUCGCGCAGAAGUCCAAGUCCACCGAUCCAAACGCCUACGCAAAGACCCCGCCUCCAACAACGACUCCGACUCCGAAGACGACGGAAUACUACCCGAUGUCGAAACGGCCGUGACAACAACCGGCCGGCGGCGCGCGCAGAAACUCGCCGUCCCUACGCACUUACCCGCCGAGUUCCUCGCAGACUCGAGCGAGGACGAGGACGGAGACGAAGCAGACGACGACGAUAACAACGGCCAGGUCCUGAAGAAGCGGAAGAAAACGUCCGGCCCGCAACCUACGAAGAUCACGUUCGACGACCAGCCCGAGAGGCCGCGGGACCGUGUCGUGGGGUCGACUAAGUACAGGGUCUUAACCGAGGACAGCGAUGCGCGGCUCGCGCCGCGGGCGCGGAGGGACGCUAGGGUGUCGAAGGAGAGCUUGUUGAAGAGGAGACGGGUUGGUGUGGUGGCGGGAACGGGGACGGCGAAGGGGAUGGGGAAGAAGGGGUUUUUUGUUAAGCGGUAG